AUGGAGUCAAAUCCAUGGCUUAUGAACCGUUUUGUUCCGAAAACAGGUACAGAUUUUCAUUCAUUUCUUUACACAGCUCUUUCCACCAGGUGCUUUUCUUGUCAAGGACUGAUCGGUUCAACAUGCAAAAGCGUAACAACUGAAGUGGAAUGUCCGCAAGCAUAUGACUCUUGCUUCACAGUCACCAGAAUUAUGGACUACCCUGAAAUUGGCAGGUAUGUAGAGGUGAUCAAAAACUGCUCCAUUAGGCAAGAUUGCUGGUUUAACGGUAACGCCUCGUGUGAUAAUUCAUCCGGGUUUGUGAACAGUUGCUCCAUUGAUUGCUGUGUUGGGGAUUUGUGCAAUAACAUAACAGUGCAGAUCACGCUUAACUCUGUAGCACACGUGGUCACGCACACUAGUGCAGACUUCGCGAAACGCACGAACCUUGAGCGAGAGGUAACGAAUACUGGUGCAACAACAAAGGCAACACAAACCCCAAUGUUUACAUCCGGCAUACCUGUGAUGACAAGAAAAGCAACGCAUGCGUCAAGGGUAACAUCCGGGAUACCUAUUGCGACAGCUGUGUCGUCAACACAGCGCCAAUCCACCUUGAAUGACAAAGCUUUUACACCCUGGAGCUCGCAGAGAAGCCCGGUUUCCGUAUCUAGAAGUAACAUCACCACCAAUGACUCGUCCCACGAAGUAAUAGCAGUCCCCAAUCAUUCCAAAGGACUUUGGAGUCAGCUACUUACUCAAGUGAUAAUGGUGGCUCCAGGAAUUAUUUACGAGAGAUUUUAG